UGGACAGGCCCCUCUGUGGGGGCGUGUGUAGAGCUGUCUCCAUGCACCCUGUUAAGCCAGUGACCUCAAGAUACAGGUUGAUCCUGUCAACCCACAAGUUCCCUGCUCUGUGGCACUUUUCUUCUCUUUACCAUAGCAUUUUGUAGAGAUCCUUACAUCAUCCCAGUUGCUCAGGAUCUCCUGACCCCUGGUUCUGAUCACAGUUAACCAUGUUAUGUUGUGAUCGGGAAAACAGGAAAGGCAUAAAGAACCCUCCGACUUUGCUAGAGGGAACUGCUCUGGGCUAGCCUUAUCCUGAAUUCCUACUGCAGCAAGAGGGACUUGUAACGUUGACCAGUGCUAACACUGUCCCCUUCUGUCAUGUGGCACCGAUAACAGGCUGCUUGCCUUUAUUUGGGACAUCCUGCCCCCACAGACUAGUCCUUAUCUCGGCCUCGAAGAGGUAAAAUAUGAGAAGCCUCUCCGUUACCAUCCACACCAGUCUCCCUGUUGUUUCUCCCGCCGGCUGUAGGCUGUGGUCUGACCCAGAUGUCCUCACAUUUCCUCCAUAAAGGCUGGUGGUCAGUACUGUGGGCUUUGCAGGCUUCUUAGCAUCGCGGUCAUGGCACAAAAGCCGCCACAGACGUAAGCUUGUGGGUGGCUGUGUGAUGUAUGAACAUGGGUGGCGGACGGCCUUUCAUCCACCACCCUGGUCUGAACACUCCCGUGUCUGCAGCUGACCACGCCCAUGGUGAUCGUAAGUUCACCGGAGCCGGGGUGGACUGUGGUGCAGGGUCUGAGAUUGUGCAUUUCUGACAAGCUCCCUUGCAAUGCUGAUGCACCAUUUCUUGAGUAUCAGGGACAUAAAUUGGAAGUAAAAAGGCUGAGUAAUAGAAUACAUCUUUAACCUCAGCAUCUUAUUUUGAAACUGUUCUUGUGUUAUUUAUGUUUCAGGCAUAUUAGUCCGAGAAGUGUACUCUUGAUUAUAAAUUGUGUGGCUCUGUUACUCACAUUUUUUUGAAGUUUUUAUUUAUUUAUUUGAGAGAGAGAUACUGAGGGAGAGCACAAGCAGGGAAGGAGAAGCAGACUCCCCACCGAGCAGGGAGCCCGACAUGGGACUCGAUCCCAGGACCCCCGGGAUCAUGGCCUGAGAGGAAGGCAAACUAGGAACAAAAUGUUACAGUGUAGGUUUCUGAGGCCUGAGGGCUCUUCAGCUCUUCGCUAAGUGUGUGUGCUGAGUGUGCCCUGGCCAUCUAGGGUUCUGUGCCCUUCACAUCUCAUUUACUCCUUACCGCGGUCCUACGAGGCUCUCCAUCACCCUGUUUUUAGCCGAAGAAGGCGACCCGUGUCCUUGGUGAGGGUCUCAGAGCUCGGGUUGUGAGUCCAAAUCUGACUGCAAAGCCGCCUUUAUAGAACAGCGCUUAAAGUUUUUGAAACAGCAAGAUCAGCGUCAGCAGCAACAAGCUGCUGAGCAGGAGAAGCUGAAGAGGCUGAAGGAGAUGGCUGAGAACCAGGAGGCUAAGCUAAAGAAGGUGCGCGCCCUGAAGGGCCACGUGGAGCAGAAGAGGCUGAGCAAUGGCCGACUCGUGGAGGAGAUUGAGCAAAUGAACAGUUUGUUCCAGCAAAAGCAGAGGGAGCUCGUUCUGGCUGUGUCCAAAGUGGAGGGGCUGACCAGACAGCUGGAGAUGCUCAAGAACGGCAGGAUGGACGGCCGGCACGACAGCCGUUCUGCCGCGGCCGAGCUCGACCGGCUCUACAAGGAGCUGCAGUUACGGAACACGUUGAAUCAGGAGCAGAAUGCCAAGUUGCAGCAGCAGCGCGAGUGUCUGAAUCAGCGCAAUUCAGAGGUGGCAGCCAUGGACAAGCGAGUUAAUGAGCUGCGGGACCGGCUGUGGAAGAAGAAGGCGGCGCUGCAGCACAAGGAGAGCCUCCCGGUUUCAUCUGAUGGGAACCUGCCCCCGCAAGGGCUGCCGGCGCCCAGUCGCGUGGCCGCGGUGGGCCCCUACAUCCAGUCAUCCACGAUGCCCCGCGUCCCGUCGAGGCCCGAACUUGUGGUGAAGCCCGCUCUGCCGGACGGCUCCUUGGCCACGCAGGCUCCGGAAGGGCCGCUCAAAGUACACACGCUGCCCAACAUGCGAUCUGGGGCCGCCUCCCAGACUAAAGGCUCUAAAAUCCAUCCACUCGGCCCCGACUGGAGCCCCCCAAGUGCAGACAUUUCCGCGAGCCAAGCCUCUGUGCCUGUGAGCUCAGGGGGUGCCCCAGACCAAGCUGAUGACGGAGAGGUUCCUCUGAGGGAGAAGGAGAAGAAAGUGCGCCCCUUUUCGAUGUUUGACACGGUGGACCAGUCUGCCGCCCCGUCCCCCUUUGGGGCUCUGAGGAAAAACCAGAGCAGUGAGGACAUCUUGCGGGACGCGCAGGCCGCCAAUAAAAAUGUGGCUAAAGUACCACCUCCUGUUCCGUCAAAACCAAAACAGAUUAAUUUGCCGUAUUUUGGGCAAACAAGUCAGUCAGCAUCAGACAUGAAGCCAGACGGAAACCGUCAGCAGUUGUCGGCAGCUGUUGCGUCCGUGGGAAACAGGCCGAAAACGGGGCAGCAGCAGAGGGUCGUGGUGUCCCCCGGCGCACCCUCGGCUGGCCAGGCCCUGUCUCCAGCUGGGAAGCAGGAGAGCCCCCCGGCCGCCGCCGUCCGGCCCUUCACUCCUCAGCCUUCCAAAGACACCCCUCUCCCACCCUUCCGAAAACCCCAGACCGUGGCAGCAAGCUCCAUAUACUCCAUGUAUACACAGCAUCAGGCUCCCGGAAAAAACUUGCAGCAGACCGUGCAGAGCACACUGACCAAGACACAUUCCAGAGGGCCGCACUUCUCGACUGUAUACGGCAAGCCUGUGAUUGCCGCAGCCCAGAGCCAGCAGCAGCACCCGGAGAACGUGUACUCCAGUGGCCAGAGCAAGCCUGGCAGUCCCGAGCCCGACGCGGAGCCCGUGUCCUCAGGCCAGGAGAGCCAUGAGAACGAACGAAUUCCUCGGCCACUCAGCCCGACCAAACUGCUGCCCUUCUUGUCCAACCCCUACCGAAACCAGAGCGACGCCGACCUGGAAGCCUUGCGGAAAAAACUGUCCAACGCGCCGCGGCCGCUCAAGAAACGGAGCUCGAUCACGGAGCCAGAGGGUCCAAAUGGGCCAAAUAUCCAGAAACUUCUGUACCAGAGGACCACCAUCGCUGCCAUGGAGACCAUCUCCGUCCCUUCAUAUCCGUCCAAGCCGACAUCAGUGGUGGCUGACUCUGAAAGCCCCGUAGAAAUCCAGAAUCCGUAUUUACACGUGGAGCCAGAGAAGGAGGCGGUCUCUCUGGUUCCUGAGCCAGUGUCCCCAGAGGACGUGGGGAACGCCAGUUCUGAGAGCAGUGACACGCCAGCCCUCUCCCCUGGCCUCGAUUAUGUGCCCGAAGGAGUCCCAGACAGCAGCCCAGAUUUCCAGAACAGUGUAGAAGAACCAAGUGCAGAGGCACCCCAUCUGUUGGAAGUGUACCUGGAGGAGUACCCCCCGUACCCGCCCCCACCAUACCCAUCUGGGGAGCCAGAAGGGCCAGGAGAAGACUCGGGCAGCAUGCGUCCACCCGAAAUCACGGGGCAGGUGUCUCUGCCUCCUGGCAAAAGGACAAACUUGCGUAAAACUGGUUCGGAACGGAUCGCCCACGGGAUGAGGGUGAAGUUCAACCCCCUUGCUUUGCUUCUGGAUUCGUCUUUGGAGGGAGAAUUUGACCUUGUACAGAGAAUUAUUUAUGAGGUUGAUGACCCGAGCCUGCCCAAUGACGAGGGCAUCACGGCUCUGCACAACGCUGUGUGUGCAGGCCACACGGAAAUCGUUAAGUUCCUGGUGCAGUUUGGUGUGAACGUCAAUGCCGCAGACAGUGACGGAUGGACCCCGCUGCACUGCGCGGCCUCCUGCAACAACGUGCAGGUGUGUAAGUUCCUGGUGGAGUCCGGAGCCGCCGUGUUCGCCACGACCUACAGCGACCUGCAGACCGCCGCAGACAAGUGUGAGGAGAUGGAGGAGGGCUACAGCCAGUGCUCACAGUUCCUUUACGGGGUUCAGGAGAAAAUGGGCAUCAUGAACAAAGGAGUCCUUUAUGCGCUCUGGGAUUAUGAGCCUCAGAAUGGUGACGAGCUGCCCAUGCGAGAAGGGGACUGCAUGACCGUCAUACGCCGGGAGGACGAGGAGGAGACCGAGUGGUGGUGGGCGCGCCUGCACGACCAGGAGGGCUAUGUGCCCCGCAACCUGCUGGGGCUCUACCCAAGAAUUAAACCAAGGCAAAGGAGCUUGGCCUGAAACUUUACAGAAUUUUAGUGUCUGAAUAAUUAAUCUUUGUUAUCACUGAGAAGAAAUAAUGUGCUUGUUUUUGGCAAAAAUUUCACAAGACUGACUUUAAUGACAACGUAACUUGAGAGCAAUGCAGAAUGUCCUCUGGAAGAAAAUGAAGGAUUGGAGAAUUUGCUAUCCGUGGGGGACGUUCAGCGUGAUGGACUGGAGCUUAGAAGUAAGCUGAUCACACUGUUGGGGAGCGGUGUUUACGGAGCACUCGGGAAGAUGAAAAGUGACUGUCCUGGUUUUCUCCAGAAAUAGGGCCAUUCGUUGGGCUCCUGGGAAGUUGGCUUCAUGUCCUGCCUAGUUGGUGUUUGUCCGCACCUCCCCUGCCCCAGCCAGAAAGGACCAAUGCCACCGCGGCGGCACCUCUGCCUGGCCCCCCUCAGGUCCCAGGGGACCCAGGGGGCUCGGGUGCCCUGCGCACGAAUGUUUUUGGUGAAGAACUAACUGUUGGUUGUCAGCAAUCCCUUUAUGAUAGGAGCUCUUCAGAAUUACACAUAUGUUUGAGAUACUGGAACCAAGCUGUAGCACAGCUAAUUAGAUUUAGAACCUUGUUUUUAGAAUGAAUUUAAAUCUAUAUUUAUUGUCUUUUGUAUCUUGGAAAUUGGAGACUUGCUAUAUAGACUUACCCAUGAUAUUUGUCAAGAUCAUAGCUGACUUUAAAAACAAUUGUAAUAAAAUUAAACUUUUUGACUCUAAA